CCAAUGCGAUAAAUAUGCGCGCUGUGUUAAAUCUGUUUACAGCAAUUUUCCUCGGUGCUGUAUGUUGUCAAAACUUGAUAGGUGACAUAUGUGUCAUAAAAUCAACUGGAGCCGAAGGAGUUUGUACACUGUUUGUCAACUGUGAAAAAGCUCGCGAAGAUCUGAGACAGUAUAAUCGAUUUCCUCAAGUAUGUGGUUUUCAAGAAACACAACCGAUAGUCUGCUGUAGACCGAGACGAAUACCAGGAGAAAUCAGUAAAGCGAAAUGUGAAGAAUAUUCUCGAUAUGUGUAUGAAACAUCAGUACCUCCCAUUGCACUAUUUGAUGCAAAACCAGUUACAAGAAACGAGUGUGGACACCAGGUAACCAAAUUAAUUGUGGGCGGUGAAGCAACUGGAAGAAAGGAAUUUCCACAUAUGGCAGCUAUAGGCUAUGAUUCAUAUGGCGAAGGAAUAAAAUGGAUUUGUGGUGGAACAAUUUUAAGCGAAAGAUAUGUAUUAACAGCCGCGCAUUGCCUGACUGACGCUAAUGCAGGCAAUACGCUGUGGGUAAGACUUGGUGUAACCAAACUCAACGCAACGUACCGUAGACAAGAAAUUAAGAUAUCUGAACGAAUACCUCAUCCUGAAUACAAGCCGAACUCUUAUUACCAUGACAUUGGACUGCUACGAUUAGAAAAAAAGGUUCAACUAAAUUCGUUCUCAAGACCAGCAUGUCUUUAUUUAGACUCAAAAAUUACAAGGAAAAGAGCGAUUGCAACAGGAUGGGGCCAAACAUCUUUUGGUGGAGCUACUAGCAACGAUUUACGUAAAGUAGUCCUUGAUCUUUUUGAUCAAAGUACAUGUGGCACAUAUUAUGAGAACAAUUUGAGAGUGUCACGAGGAAUUCUAGACAAUCUCCAGGUGUGUGCCGGUUCUGUGGACGCAACCAAAGACACGUGUCGGGGAGAUUCUGGUGGUCCUUUACAAAUAUAUCACCCUGGUAAAAAGAUAAAGUGCAUGUACGACAUUAUAGGUGUAACAUCGUUUGGACUAGGUUGUACCGGCAGUCCUGGAGUCUAUGUAAGAGUCUCAAAUUAUAUCAAAUGGAUAGAAGAUAUAGUUUGGCCAUAGGAUAUUUUCUAUUUCAUUUUUUUGAUACUUUUAUCCUCUGUAAGUGAUAUGACUGAUUCAUGUACCAAUGUUUUGUAGACGUAGAUAUUAAUAAAAUAACACAUAUACAGUAAGUCCCCGGAUUGUGUUCACAAGAGGAAAAAAAAAUGUAUUUUCUAUUUUACAAAAAGAUGACAUAGGAAUAACAUAUAUUUCUUAGUUCAAAACGAAUAAAUCUGCAAUUAAAACUUCAAUAUUCCUGGUCUGUACUCUUAAUAGUAUAUUAUUAGCCAAGGUUGCAAAGCCAAGCAUUCUAGGCCGAGCACACCUCUGCAGCGCGAGGCCUAGAAUGCGCGAGGUCUACAACCGUGGUUAAUAUACUAUUUUUUUCGCUAGUAGAAAUCAUAAGACAAUAAAUUGAAAAAAUAAACUUUCAAUUUUUUGACGCAAUAUGAUUUUGUUUUGAUUUCUAAUCAAACUUAAGCUAAAAUUUCAACACAAAGAAAACCGUUUACACUUGUCACUGAAUUAAUCAUUUUAUCUUCUACCGUUUACCAACUACCAUGCGUAUACUCAAGUAAUGUUAGUAGCACAUAUUUAUUCAUUUUUUAAGAAAUAAUCACAUCAAGUAUUGCGUACAUAACCUCAAUUCUUCUUUUUGAACCCGUGGUCGCAAAAGUUGAAUUUGCUACCUCUAAAUGAGUCGACAUUUGCAUGCUUCAUGGCUGCUAGUGAAAAAAAUUAUUUUUUUCAUAUUUCUAAGUUGUUGGUUACCUUUAGUUUUUUUCAAAUUUAAGGACGCAGCCUGAUAAUAUUAAAAUUUUAAUUGCAGAUUUAUUCGUUUUGAAUUAAGUAAGCAAAAGAUGUUAUUCCUAUGUCAUUUUUUUGUAAAAUAGAAAAUACAGUUUUUUUCCUCUUGUGAUCUCAAUCCGGGGACAUACUGUAGACAUAAAUCUCACUAUUUUGAUAUGAAAAUUCUAACAAAUGUUGUUUACAGUAAGAGUUGUUUAAAUAAAUCUGCAUAAAUGA